UCGGCUGUUAAUAUAUUAUUAAUUUAUAAAUAUUACUGUUAACUAAUCCUGAUGCUAGUUUAUAUUUUGAAUGUUAUGUGAAUAAUUUUAAUUGUUCGUAAGGUGGCAACGCUAAAUUUAAAUAAAAUAAAUGGGUGCAAACGUCAUUUGUGUAGAACCGGCUGAGUUUUUGUUGUGGCACUUUAAAUAAAAUAAUUGCUAUACUAAAUAAUUAAUAUUAUACUGAAGGACGUCCAAGUAAACCACUGCUUAUAAAGGUACGAAGUUUCACAACAUCCUCGCCUUUAUAAAGCAGAUACAAAUAAUUUGGGCCGCAGUGCAACGAAACAACCAUAACCUAAAUGAACAGCAACGUAGUGCCACCACAAAUUACCUCAUAAAAAUGACUGAGAAAAUAACGAAAUUAGCGCUAGCUAGUCGAGUGAUUAUAUUGGUAUUGCAACUACUUGCAAACCAUCUGAUGCCUGAUCACAAACCAGAUGUAUUCCGUACACCAAUUGCACAACAAACUCAACAGCAUGUAGAAACAUUCGAAAGCAACGAAUUUAACACCAGUAAUACCACCGAAAAUACAUGGCUUGAUCACACCAUACAAUUUUGUCUCGGUGGACUGCGUCAUUGGGAUGGCGAAUAUUUCCUACACAUUGCAGAAUAUUCUUAUUCUUACGAGAAUACGCUUGCCUUCUAUCCACUUUUUCCGUUAGUAGUACGUGCGGGCGCGAAUGCACUAUAUGCGCUUAAUAUCGGAGUUUCAUUGCGCAGCUGGUGCUUGGUGAUAGCAGUGUUGGUCAAUGUAUUUUGCUUCUGCAAAGCAGCCAACGCACUUUAUGCGCUUACACAGCGCAUUUUUAAGGACCCCAAUAAAAGUUGGAAUGCUGCUUUACUUUUUUGCUUUAACCCCGCUUCAAUAUUCUUCACUGCAGCCUACUCGGAAGCACUAUUCUGUUGGCUCUCACUGCACCUGAUGUUGGAGUGUGUUUCUGAGUUUCGUUUUGCGCGCACAACAGUCACACUGGCGCUUUCAAUUGUGAGCCGUUCAAAUGGUCUGCUCAACGCCGGCUAUCCCAUAUAUUUUAUGCUGAGGCACACCAUACUCAAGUCAUAUCAUCGUUGUUUUGCUGCUGUGAAGUUAACACUAUGCCUUUUAGGCGCACUAACACCGCUCACAUUCUUCUACUUUUAUGCUUUCAAGCAGUAUUGUGUACCAAAUCAUACAGUAGCGCAUACAGCAGCUGUGCUGAACUAUGCACGCGAAAAAAAUUACAUAUUAGCUGGUCAUCGUAUGCCGCAAAAUUCACCAUGGUGUGACAAUACGUUUCCAUUUCCUUAUUCAUAUAUACAAUCACAUUACUGGAAUGUCGGUUUCCUGCGUUACUACGAGCUGAAACAGUUGCCGAACUUUAUGUUAGCGCUACCAGUGCUUGCGUUUUUGUUCUAUCACUGCUUCACGUACUUCAGACAUUUCAUGCGCAUCCUGCUGCCGCAUUAUCCCACCAUGCAACUAUUGAAAGAGUAUAAAUCCUUGCCAUUUGUACUGCAUGCAUUUGUGCUCACACUAUUUUGUACUUUUUUCGUGCACAUACAAGUAUCAACGCGUUUAUUGUGCUCAGCGACGCCCUGUCUUUAUUGGUUUGCGGCCGAUCAGCUGCCCAAGACAUUUGAUCUAAUCAAAUUGCGCUCGAAAGCUGGUUCGAUACUAGUAUGGUUUACAAGUUACUAUUUAAUUGGCACAGCGCUCUUUUGCAACAACCUACCUUGGACGUAAGUUAACGGCAUAUUAUGACCUUUCGAAAUACAUACAUACAUGAAAUGCAAAAAUUCGUGGCGUUUAAGUGUGCUGGCUGACAAUGGGAACGCUCUGAAAUUAAUGCAAAGCUUAUGCUCACAACAUUCUCAUGCCAUCAUCAGCAUCAAUUCAAAAGUCUGCACGUACAACGCUGCGCUCAUUAACCAAAAAAAAAACAAAUUAAACUAAAUUUACCUACCAAUAAAAUUGACUAAUUUAUUUAGUGUUUGUUUUUAUUAAUUUAUUAUAUUACGAAAGUCAUAGUUCAUGUGCGGCCUUAUUGUAAGGAAGUGAAAUUGUGCAUAAAUAAAAAGUAUAAGUGUAAGAGACUACAUACAAGUGUAUAUAAAUGCCGAAUAAAUUGUUUUUUCAAAGCAAAAACUUUUAAACAUUUAUAUGAAUGAGUAGUAGUAUUUAUUUGAGUAGUGUAAAGCGUAUAACAAAACAUUUGCUUACCAAAAAUUUGUACAGUUAUUUAUUAAUAAACAUAUUUUCUUAUUGAAUUUGCUUGCAAUGAUUUACAAUUUUUAAUAUUUCUACAACAUAUCUCUCCCCUAACAUGAGCUGAUAUUAUGAGCUACUAAUACAAAUUAAAAACAUUUUAAUAUUGUAAAUUUUUAAAAUGAAUAAAGUGUACUAAAAAUACUAGGAACAUUAAGUUGUUUCUUUUAACCAUAUGAUGGACUCAAAAUUUAAACAUAAAUUGUUUUCAUAACAUGUUUAGAAUACGGUAGUAAAGUGAUUUUUAGAAAUUCAAAGACGUUUUAAAGAUACAACAGUUAGAGAAGACGGUUGGCAGCUGAAAACUUAAACGCGUUUUUCUCAAAACUGUGUUUUUCAAACUUUCCUCCAUCGUAUCUCAAAAACGACUUGACCGAAUGAUUUCAAUUUUGUUAGUUAUACUCAGCAUAUGUAAACCCAUGGAACGCUAUAUUAUUAAUCAAAAAUUCCAAAAACUAUUCCUGUUGGACGACCUGGGAGGGGACGAUUUCGUCACCCCAGGUGUCAAGUUCCCACCCGAGACCAGGAUGGAUCCAGGUGUCAGUACCGACUUCCUUUCACCUUCCACUGUACUUCUGUCGUUUUUGUUUUCGUUUGUUGUAUUGUUUUUGUUGUUAAUUUCAGUAUUCAUGUUAAAUGGGUCCCCACUCAGAGCCGCUAUCCACCCCCCAAGAGGUAGUCGCCUUUAUUUGGCCCACGGUUAUCUCGUAAACGAGGACAAGGCGAGGGUUGAUGCAUUCCCUUAUGAAGCUAUGCAUUCAGAGCCGACCAGCGUAAAGAGGGAGUCUUCUCAACCAACACCUACCACACCAACUGAAUGGUGACGGUUUUGGUUUUCUGAUGUCAGCCAUUUCAUAAGUGUGUUACCACAUCAUACUCAGGUGACAGAAUGCCGCACCUACCAGCCCAGGGUUCAACCAAUUCAAACUAGGUGUUCCUACUUGUUGUCCGAAUUUGUGCCUAAGUUCGUCAAUCAAGAGGGGUUGAUAAAGGCGUGAAGGCCGCAGGUCAAUUGUCGUAACACAGGGUGCACCACUCGGAGGCGACCUGCACUACACCCUAAGAUGUUAAUAAAUGAAAAUAAACUCAAGGCUCUAUCUAUUUAUACUGGUCGUAGAAAAAAUUCUAAAAAAUCACUAAAAACAGGCCGCCACAUGGGAUGACCUCCUUAAACAAGACAAGGGUAAGGCCUGUCCCAUAAUUAAAACAUAUGAAAUGCUGUUGAAGUGGCACAUGCCGCUCAUCCGCUUAGCCGCUCAUUGCGUGGCCGAAAAUCUAAUUCAAUCAUAAAACAGCGCUGUUAUGAUUUUUUUUCUAAAAAGAAAUAAACAAUUCCUCCAAUUUGCAAGAAAUUAAAUAAAAAGUUUAAUUUUUUAAGUUUUAUAUUUAUUUAUAUAAUAAUUUUACAUUUUUGUAUGCUAAUUAUGCUUUGAUAAAGUGAUGGCGAUGAGUAGGUGGUAUAUGUUUUAUUACAUAAAAGUUACACGUUAAUGUAACCUUUGGUAUUACUCUUUGCAACUGUUCACAACUGUUUUUCUACACACACAUCGAUAAUAAUAAACUGAAAAUUUUUAAAAUAAACAA